AAACAAGCGACACUCUAAUAAUAAGUUUUGCUCUGAAUCUGCUUUAGAAAGUUUGGAAAUUCGAAAACAGAUACGCGAGUUUAUAAUAUCAGGUGAUAUUACCUCUGCUUUAUCGUUAUGUCGAACCUCCUUUCCGGAAGUGGUAUCCACCGAAGAAGGUAAUCUCCUAACAACACCACGUUCUACCGAGAUGUGCUUCAAACUUCAAUUACAGCAAUUUAUAGAGACCGUGCGCUCUGGGAAUUUCGACGAGGCUUUAACAUUUGCUCGAUCUGUGUUGGCAGAAUAUCCAUCACUUGGAGGUGAAAAUGAGCAAAAGUAUCGUGAUGAAUUUGAGAAGGUGAGCCCAUUAAUUGCAUAUGAGAAUCCGGAAAAUUCACCGUCUGCGUCAUUAUUGUCUCAGGAACAUCGUGAUAAGUUGGCAGAUGAAAUCAAUAGUGCUAUACUCUCUAUUGAUAGCCAAGUGAACGAAUCUGCACUUGAAAGACUUAUAAAGCAAGCGAUAGUU